AUGCUAAUACUACUAAUGCACCUGCAGCAGCAGCAACAGCAAGCAGCAGCAGCAAGCAGCAGCAGCAAGCAGCAGCAGCAGCAGCAGCAAGAAGCACCAGAAAAAACAGCAGCAAAAGAAACAGAAACAGCAGCAAGAGAAAGAACAGCAGCAGCAGCAGCAGCAGCAAAACACACACAGCAAAGACACAAAGAAAUAAAAGAAUGGCAAAUGAUUAAACAGCAGCAGCAGCAGCAGCAGCAGCAGCAGCAGCAGCAAAUGUUUGCCCUCACCUGUAAAGAAGGCGGCCAGGAAGGCGAAGACGAGACCGAGCCACUUCUGGGUUUUUUUCCUUUUACAUUGGGUUAA